AUGUUUCAACAUCAAAUAAUUUAUAACAAUCUAGGUAAUACCUAUGGUAAUACCUAUUACCAACAACCACAAAUUCAAAGCAAGGUUGUUACUGGCGGUAUUGAAGAAAAUGUUCAAUAUAACAUGGACACCAUGGCCAAUUUUAUAGCGUGGUGCUCUUAUGGUAUUCUCAAACAAGAGUAUAACAGUUCAGCAUCAAACAUAUCGAGAUCAAUUAGUGCUAUUUUGUAUGCCACCAGAUUACCAACUUCAAGUAUAAUUAUUGCUUUAGAAUAUCUUAAUCAAAGAUUCUCCAAACACAAUACAUAUUUGAAAAAUGAGCAAAUUUUUGAAUUUAUUGUCAUAGCUUUAAUCCUUGCUAAUAAGUUUAAUGAUGAUAAUACAUUUACAAACAAGAGUUGGUCAGGUGCUUGUCAUUUAGAUUUAUUAUUAAUCAACCAAUUGGAAAGAGAAUGGCUAGAAGAAAUCAAAUUUUCAUUAUCUACUACUCAAUUUGAAUCAAAUAUUUUAGUUCUUGAAGAAUGUUGGGAGACUUACAAAUUGAGACAAGAAGAAACUAGCUUAAAUUCUUCUCCUAUUAAAUAUAAUCAUUCGCCAACAAAUUCAAUUAAUAACAAUAUUGAACCAAAUUACUAUUUUACUAGUAAUACAAACUCAAAUUAUAAUUACUAUAAUUCAAGUCCAAUUUAUCAACAACCACCAUAUAAUAAUAAUCAUCAUUAUUAUCAACUUCAACACCAUCAACAGCAACAGCAACAACAACAACUACAACAUCACUUUCAUCAUCAAUACCAUCAACAACAGCAACCAAUUUGGUAUGAUCCAGCUAUUCAACUGAUUCAUUUUAAUCCUUAUUACAAAAAUUAUAACGAUUACAAUGUUGCUUGCUAA